AUGUUUUUUUCGGUUAUAUCGAUGAUAUUUUUUAGUGCAGUAAAUUGCGUGACUCAGCAAUGUUCUAUGGUAGAUGUAAAAACUCUUUUGGAAGGCUGUGAUCACCUCAUAGGAUUAAAUAUUACGAGUGUGGGUGGUACGAUGGUCAAUGAUCAUAAUUGCGACGUUCUUCUUCCGAAACAAGUAUUUACAGAUGAACCUUUGUUUCAAUACCCUCUUGCAGAUUCGAAAAAGUUCUACACUGUACUAAUGAUUGAUCCUGAUGCCCCACCGCAAAUCGAAGGAGAAUUCUAUCUACAUAUGCUCAAAUCUAAUAUUCCGGGACUAGCGCUUAAAUCAAAGGAAAGUAGUAAAACUGUUGGAAUAGAUUACAGAGGUUAUAAACCACCAACGCCCCCUCGCGGAUCCGGCAUGCAUCGCUACAUGAGCCUAUUGUACGAACAGGCCGAUGGUAAUAAUUUUCUACCAAAUGUUCCGUCGUCUAGAGGCCGCUUUCAUCUCGCGAAUUGGCUUCGUGGCAAGAACCUUUGUGGUCCGGUCGCUGGCUCUCAAUUCAGAGUUCAAUUCUAG